CAACUGGAAACAUGGGGUCGGAGAACCCGAGCCCACAGAACCCUGGCUGUAAGAUCAUGACCUUCCGUCCCACCCUGGAGGAAUUCCGGGACUUUGGGAAGUACAUUGCUUACAUGGAAUCCCAAGGAGCUCACCGGGCAGGGCUGGCCAAGGUGAUUCCUCCCAAGGAAUGGAAGCCCAGAAGAACCUAUGAUGACAUAGAUGACAUGGUGAUCCCAGCUCCCAUUCAGCAGGUGGUUACUGGACAGUCAGGGUUGUUCACCCAGUACAACAUCCAGAAGAAACCCAUGACUGUGGGAGAGUACAGACGCUUGGCCAACAGUGAGAAGUACUGCACCCCUCGCCAUCAGGAUUUUGAAGACCUGGAACGCAAGUACUGGAAGAAUCUCACCUUUGUCUCUCCCAUUUAUGGAGCUGAUAUCAGUGGUUCCCUCUAUGAUGCUGAUGUGGAUGAGUGGAACAUUGGCAACCUGAACACCCUCUUGGACAUGGUGGAACACGAGUGUGGCAUCAUCAUAGAAGGUGUUAACACUCCCUACCUCUACUUUGGCAUGUGGAAGACAACAUUUGCUUGGCAUACAGAGGACAUGGAUCUCUACAGUAUCAACUACUUACAUUUUGGGGAGCCAAAAUCCUGGUGA